UUUAACUAUUUCAUAAAUGUCAAAGAAUUUAUUAAAUUAAUUUUAUAUUUAUGUAAAAUCAUUUUCAUACAAAUACCUAAUUUGCACCUGUCAAUAUCUUGUUAUACCGACAGGUAGUUAAAAUAUUAAGGUUAGGUUUAUUUAUUUAUUUAUUUGGAAUACAAGCUGUCAAGGUAAAUUAACUCCAAUAAUGUUUACUAACAAAUCUAAUGAUGCUGAAUAUUUUCCGUCAACAAUUACUACAGAGUCAGAAAAAUCAUGUCAAUCAUUACAGACUGAUGAUUUAAUUUAUAAAAAUAAAAAUGUACAGUCUAAUAUUCAACACAGUGUUGAGACACAAACAGAAGCCGAGAAUCAGCCAAAAGAAAUCGCCAUUGAUUAUGGAAAACUAUCGGCAUUUUUAAAAAAAGUAACACCAAAAGUCCUCGAAGCACUUGAUGAAAUUUACGACAAUCAUACUAUCAAUUCCUAUGAGCCUAUUGGCUCCCGUGACAAUGAUUACCAGCUUAAAUUACUCAACAAAUUUUCAACCAUCGAUGAAUUUGAUUCUCAAAAAAAAAUAAGCUCGUUAAGUUGGAGCAAAAAUGGAGGUACCCUGGCAGUUGGGUACAGCAAUAAUCACACCGCCUGGUGUGAUCAUCAAUCUAGGAUAAAGUUUUACAAUUUAGAGCGCAAUGAUGAUAAAUUGCACCAAGACGCGGUUAAAAAUUAUGAGACUAAUUCGUGUGUUACGUGCUUGAGUUUUCAUCCUAUUGAGCCGUCAAUAAUUGCUGCUGGUCUUUUUAAUGGCGAUGUUUUGUUGUGGAAUAUUGCUGAUACCUUGUCGCAGUCAUUGUCAAUUACAGUUCACAAUGAUGUAGUAACGUCAUUAAUGUGGCGACGUACUACAAUUAAUACCGACUCGUCUAUGUUGAUAACCACCAGCGCAGAUGGUUUUAUUUAUGUCAACAAAUUAAUUGACAAUUUCACAAAUUCAAAAUUACAAAAUCGGUUUAAAAUAAUUAAAGAGCAUAAUCCAGCAGAAAAUAGUCGGCCACCAAGUGCAAGUGGUCGACAUGAGCGUACUUUGGAACCAGGAUUAUCAAUAACUUGUCUUGAUAUUUCUUACAAGAAUAAUGAGAUUUUUAUUGUUGGUACUUUGUGUGGUGGGAUGUAUAAAUGUAAUUUUAAUGCUACUACUCCUGUUCAAGGUGACAAUACACUAAUAGAUCCAGUUAUCGAUGAGUAUGAACGAUGCGACGGAUCAAUUGUUGACUUGAAAUGUUUAGACACUCAAGAUAUCUUCGUUGCUUCCAACAGUAACAAAGAAAUCAGGAUUUUCAACAUCACCGAAAUGACAUUGACGCGCAUAAUCAAUGUAGAAUUUACAGUUACGGGGCUAGGCUCCAUAAGUAAUGUCAUAGUGUGUUACGGUGCUGAUGACACGAUUAAAUUUUUCAAUACCAGCGGAAAAAUUUGUGAGCUGAAAAUUAAGUGUCAGAAUAAUUUUAUCAGUUCAGUGGAUUUGUCUAUAAAAAGAGAUACAAUUGCAAUUGGUGAUAUUCUAGGUAAUUUAGAAGUAUGGAAAAUUCCACCCCAAACAUCAAUGAAUUAAAAAAAAAAAAUUUCUUCACUCUAUAUUUAGUAUAAAUUUUUAACAAAAAUAUUUUCAAGUAUCCUCAAUAAAUUGUGAAUAAUUCCUCAGUAUAUUUAAAUUAAGUCCUUGAGAUGACCAAACUCGAGUCCUUGGAAUAUUUAAAUAUAAAACCUGUCAACACAAAAUAAAUAAAUAAAAUUACAUUUAAAAAAAAA